GGUUUUUGCAAUUAAAGAUGGAUAAUCGACAGAAAAUUUUAAAAUAUAACUGCCGAAAAAUAUUCAAAUUCGAGGGGUAGGCAAAAAGUCAAAGAAAAAAAAUAACAACAACAGAAUUUUAUUAAAAUAAUUAUUUAAUUUUAAUUUUUAUGCAUUAUCCAGUGAUCAAACUAAUGUGAUUUUACUGCAGAUUUGAAGAAUUACCUCAAAAUUGUCGCAAUUUAUUGACGGCAGUCCUUAUAAACUUCGAGAUUCGCGUAAUUUUACUUAAAAUUAAAAUUUUAGUCAAAAAUGGAGUUGGAAAAAAUUUGUAGAUUAUGUUUAACGAUCAAAAAGGACAUGAGGAACCUGUUUACUGAGAAUAUCAUCAGUAUGCUGGAGGAGUUUUGCAAUGUAAAGAUUUCAAAGGAAGCUGGAUGGCCGAAUUUAAUAUGUUCCCAGUGUGUACAUCAAGUAUCCCGUUGUCAUUCGUUUAAGAAGAGAAUCGAAAAGUCAGAUGAACAAUUAAAGCAGUAUAUAAAAUCAUUAACAGUAAUAGUGGAAGAGCCAAUGAUUAAGGAAAUAACUCAACAAAGAUUACCUGAAAUGAAGACACAAACUAUGCAGCAGCACAUUCAAGAAAUACAAAUUCAAAGGCCUGAACAUCAGCAACAGAUGCAACAACAUCCUUUAAUAAUUACUAAUUUAAAUCCAACAAUGAUAAAUGGACAGCAAUUAAUUCAAACAGCGAAUGGUCAAAUUAUUCAAGUUCAAGGGCAGUUUGUGCAAGGUCCUAAUAAUACAAUUCAAAUGAUUGCAACUAAUACAGCACAACAACCUCAACUCUUACAAAUUACACGGCCUGAACAAGACAAUAGAUUGACAGAACUUAUCGUACAACCAACAGAAAUGACAGAGCCUCAAUUUUACGAGGAAAUUCCCGUAGUUUUACAAUCAGCGAAUGGUCAACAGACAAUAGUUAAUCUUCCUCAUCAUCAAGUACAAGCUCUACAGCAACAAGUUCAACAACAAGUCUCACAGAUGCAACAAGUUACCACAAGUAGUUCAGAACAAGACGAAAUUGAAAUCCAUGAAGUACAAAAUUAUGACGAUGACGAAUAUGGAUGUGAUGAUUUAGAGGAAGUGAUUGAAGACGAUACAGAACAAGAAAUUGAUGCUUCCAGUACAAAUACAACUUACUACCUUCAUGAACGUCAUCCAAAUACUGACGAAAAUAGUUCAGAAAUUGAUCAAGAUCAGGUUGAGGAAAAACAACUGCUUGCAGAGUUUUUAUCUCAACAUACCAUUUCUGAAAAUCCUAAUAAACACGUCUGCAAUCUUUGUCAGCAAGAAUUUAAGCACAUGAAAUGGCUCGAGCAGCAUAUGAAAUCAAUUCACAGCAAUUGGAUUAAAGCGAACUGUAAGAAACAGCCACAGUGCAACAUUUGCCAUAAAAGUUUUCGAGGGCCUGGAAUGCUUAAAAUGCAUCAGAAGACUCACGAACGUGAGAACAAGUUACCGACAUGUAGUGUCUGUGGAAAAGAAUUUAAAUCAAAAUCUAUAUUAUAUCGACAUCGAGCGACUCACUUUGCUGAUCAAAAACCACACAUAUGCUCGAUAUGUAAUAAAACCUUCAAUUCAAACUAUCAGCUGAAUGCUCAUGUAGCGCGCCAUCAAAAAAAUCAUCAAUGCACUCAAUGUGAAAAAUGCUUUCCCAGCGCCAGUGACUUAAAGAAUCACAUACAGCAAGAACAUAAUGAAAAGAAGGGAAAUGAAGAAUUUAUGUCAUCAUCAACAUCUAUUGAGCAUGCAAGGCAGGGUUUGAUACUCUAACUUGAUUUUAUUCCUAAAGGUUCGAUAAAAUUCGCAAAAAAGAGGGCAUUCUUCUAUUCAUUUUCUAAUUUUGAAAGUUAGGAUUUGAACCAGUUCCUUUUCAGAAAAAUUUUGCUAAUAACUUUAUGUAAAAGAACGUAUUCAUUUA